AGAGACUAGUUAUCAUUACAGGCCUAAAACUGAAACAUUUAUGAGGGAAGAAAACUGAUGAUAAACCAGUGAAUACUAGCAACCAAAAACCCUUUUUAAUUUUGAGCAAAUUUGGGGAACAAAUAUAAUGAGUUGUUGUAGUAAUUUAAAAACAACAACAAAAAGAGAAAUUGAAGAAGAAGAAGUGGGGGUGUUCAUUGAUACAAGUUUAGGAACCCACAUUGCCAUCUCUGUUUCUCCUCAUAUCACCGCCUCCCAAUUUAUUAGGAAAUUUGAGAGCAUGCAUUCAAAUUGUUACCCUCAAAUAGGAAGUAUCAAAGUCAGUGGAUUAAUGGUUAAGAGGAAGUCUUGCCUUUAUCACUUGGCUGAAUCGAUACCUCUAAGGUAUGUUUUCCAACGUUCCAAAGGAACAUGGUUUUUGUACGUGGAAGCAUUCCCUUUAAAUAAUAAAGUUUCUUUAAUGCCCCAAUCCGAUGUAGUUCAUGGUGUAGUAAAUGAAAAUAGAACUCAGAAUUGUAGAAAGGCAAGAAAGAAUAUGAUGAGAAAAGAUCUGCACUCUUCAUUUGUGGAACCAACAAGCGAAAGAAUGUCUGAGUCAAUAUCCGUUUCGGGUAUCAUUAAGAAAUACUUUUCUGUUUAUGAUGAUGAGGUAACUUCAACCAACUCAAACAUCAAAGUGCCAAUAUAUGCACCAAAUACACCUCCAGAAACAACGGAUAAAGCGAGGGGAGUUGGAACACGACUCGUUGUAGCUGCGAAUAAUCUUGGGAUAUCAACAAGUGACAAGAAACCAGUGAUAUCUCUUUGCAAAUACAAAUUUGACAAGUCAUCAAUGUUAAACUCACCCUCCCUUAUGAGACACCCUGUAUUUGAGAUUGGUAAUGAAUGAUUGUUUACUUGUUCAAGUGUUCAA